AUGGUCGACGAGGCCGGUCGUUCUGUCCCUCUCCACCAAGCUUAUAUCCACCACCGGGCAGUCUGGGUUGUCAGGAGAUACUACAAACCCUUGGGUGAUCAAUCCAAUAAUGAUUCAACAAGCACAUAUAAGCUGGCGAUGAACGCCGGCGUCUAUGAUUCGCUUCUGCAGUAUUUCGGUCUGGGGGCUGAGACACGAAGAACAGACACCCAUGUUUCGAAUGCUUACGGAAUUGAGGUUGGGAAUCCGCCGGAAGGGUACGAGGAUGCGUGGGUACUCAAUCUACACACAAUUGACACCCGAGGCACGGUGGGCAAUCUCCGGUGUCUGGAGUGCAAGUGUGAGUUGUAUAAUGUGACAGUGGCAUUAUGCAUCAUUAGCCUCAUGUGGCAUGUGCGUGAAGUAGAAGAGAAAGAGAUGGACAGAGACUAUAGAGUGAUGAAAAGACCAAAAUACCCAUAUUUUGGACAAUCAUUUGACAGAAAACUUGAAGGUUGA